AUGCGUCUUUUAAUAGUAAAAUUGAAUCAGUUUGCACUUUCAGACGGUUUUAUAAAAACGAACAAGUUUCAAACUCUUCUAUCGACGCAUAGCUCUCUUGUUACAGUUUGUGAAAACAUUAAUGGUCUUUAUUCACUUCAAAUCCUUAUCAUUUUGUCAUCCAUCUUUGUUUUGUCCACUUCUAAUCUUUAUUAUGUAAUCCUAAAAACAAUUGAAAUGAUAAAUCUUCGCAGUUUUAGCCAAAUGGAUAUGUUUUUGAUGAAUUGUUAUAGGAUUGUCGUAAGAGCUUAUGAAGUGUGGACAAUGGUGACAUCAUGCGUCUGUAUGCAAGACCAGGCCGCUGAAUUCAACACUCUUUUAUACCAGCUGAUGAUCGAUGACAAAACGAAUGAUAUUUCAAACAAUAAAAAAUUACGUCUUCACAUCUCGAUGAAGAGGGAAGUUGUCUUCACUGCUUGUGGUUUCUUCCCACUGGAUUAUACAUUGGUUCAUUCGGUAGAUGAUCGCCGCUGCUACAACUUACUUGGUAAUCUUGAUACAGUUCGGUGAUCAGAGCAACAGUAAACCAACCACAGCGCCGCCAAACAGUACUGAGGCACAAACUCUACUCCCUAUAACGAUGACACCAUCUUAG